AUGCCGGUGUAUGCUAAAUUUUUUAAGGAAAUUGUCUCGAAGAAGAGAGGCAUGGGAAGAUUUGCAAUGGUGGCAUUGCCACAAGAAUCAAAUACUAUAAUCCCACCAAAGAUGCGCGACCCAAGCAGUUUCACAAUACCCUGCUCAAUAGGAGGGAUCUAUAUUGGUCAAGCAUUAUGCAAUCUUGGGGAAAGCAUAAACUUAAUGCCCCUUUCAAUUUUCAAAAGAUUGAAUGUAGGACAGCUAACACCCACAACAGUGACUCUCCAACUCGCAGAUAGGUCCUUAGUGCACCCUGAAGGGAAAUUAAAGGAUGUCUUGGUAACAAUAGACAAAUUCAUUCUACCUGCAGACUUCAUUAUCUUAGAUUAUGAGGCAGAUAAAGAUGUUCCAAUCAUAUUGGGACGACCAUUCUUAUUUACUAGUCAUGCUCAGAUAGAUGUGCACAAGGGAGAAAUCACAAUGAGCAUCAAUGAAAAGAAGCUCAGGUUCAAUAUUAUCAAGGUAAUAAACUACCCAGAUGAGGAAGGCUUAUCAGAUUCCAAUGAUGAACACACUUGCGUUGAAGAUUGA